UAUCGUCGUCUUUUGCCUGUCAGUUUCUCAACUCUCCCUUAAGCAUACUCUAACGUUAACGAGGCAAGCGAACUUGAAAUUGGAUCUCCGGAAGCUAUAAUUGGAUCUACUCGGAUAUCCUGUAUCCGAACUCGCGACCGAGACGUCUCUCGGUGGAUUGAAAGUUCGUUAUCCUGUUGUUAAUUUUGUAGAAUUUAUAGUUUCUCUUUUAAUCAAUCGCGUUUGGUAAAUUGGCGGCCCUGUCUUUGAUAUGUUACUCCUUAUUUAGGUAAUGUAGAGACAGACUUUGGUUUAAAAUUGGAGUAUAUUCUGCUUUCUGAGAAAUUUGUUCAGUUGACGAGGUAUUGUUUGAAAUGUUGCAUUGUCUGAUUUAGUUGGUGAGGUUGUGAAAUAUCAAAUUUCGCUUUCUCGCUGGCCAAACAUUUCGCUAGGCUUGUUUCAUUGAUUCUUUCGUUUGUGCGCGUACGUGUGUGGUGCCUUUUAUGUUUUAAGAAAAUCGCUUAAGUAAAUGAAUUCGCCAGGUUCGGGGAUAUUGAAUUCGCUUUGAGCGACGAUUAUCUAUCAAUUCGGCUGUUUUCUUACCGUGCAAAAUCUGCAAUGUGUGAACUGCGGCGAAUGAGAUUCUUGGUUGAAUUUGAUGACGCCGAAGUUUCAUUCUCGUCCUGUAUAGGACAAUGGCUCGCGAUUGAUUUCUGUGUUCGAUUCAAUUUUUGGUUGAAUCUAGUUGUUUAUUUUCAUUAGAGUAUGGCGAUGGCUGUGCUGGAAUCGUAGCAAAUAUGCUACUUAUUGUACGAUUACGCUUUUGUACGUUGAUUUUAUGAGUACAUUUUUGCUUAAAAUUAUAAAAUAUGCGCGAGGCUAGUGUAAUGAGAGUGAUUUUGCAUGUUUGAUGAAUGUGGUGGUGUCUUUGCUUCGGUAGAUUUUCUCAUCAUCAACUACAAGGUUUUUUGUAGUCGACACUUUCAUGCGGUCAUUUGUGGUUUUCAAGCAUAUCAGGAACUUCUUGGAUGAUAUGCAUUGUGCUUGAAAGUUGAAAAAGUUACCAACAAAGAGUUUUCCUAAGCUAAAUAUUAUUGAAAAAAAAAAGCAUACGAGUUGAGAUUAUGACUGGUUGCGCUUGAUUGAAGCAUAUAGCAGCUGCAACGGUUUUCCUGUAAGCUGUUUUCAAGGAAUUACAUUUCAUCAAUGGAAGUACGCUCAUUUACAUGAAAUUAUUUUCAUAUUUCUAGCAGUAUUCGUAGCUUUUUCAUCCAUGUUUUAGGUAUUUUAAUACUUCCGGUUGCAGGUGAUGAUGCUUGGUUCCUUAUCUAGGUCAAUGACAUCUAUAGCUUUUUAUGCUAUAGUCAUUGGAAAAGUUAGCUGAGUUGGCUAGGAUAGAUGGUUAUCUAGGUCAAUGACAUCUAUGGCUUUUUAUGCUAAAGUCAUUGAAAAAGUUAGUUGAGUUGGCUAGGAUAGAUGGUUAUCUAGGUCAAUGACAUCUAUGGCUUUUUAUGCUAAAGUCAUUGAAAAAGUUAGUUGAGGCUAGGAUAGAUGGUUAUCCUUUUUUUCCCUAUCUCUUUUUGGUUCUUUUCUCUAGAAAGUUCAACUUCGGCUGACUGACUGAAGAAAGGCCAUUGUUCUGGAGCGCCAUUUCUUCUUUUAUUCCCCAUGGCCUGUUCUAGGUCCUUAUUAUCUCCUUUUACCCCUACCUCUUUAUGACUUCAACAUCUUUGCGACCCUCCAAGAUUAAAAAUUGUGCUGAAGAAAUAAUCAGUAUUUGUCAACAACCAUACCUUUGAGUAUGACAAUUCUUGCAGUUCAAGACUUGACUAGUUAGAUAAUGAGAGAAUUUGCUGAGCAAAAUUAUGAUUGGAGAAAAGCCUGUCAAGUCUUUUGACAUAAGAUUUUUGGUAAGUUCCGUUGUGGAUGGAGACUUGGAGCAGCAUUGCAGAUUGAGGUAGGCUUGUCCUUGUCGGCCAACCAACAUGACACAUUUAUUCAAGCUCACACUCUUGCCCGUUAUUGGUUAUUGUUCAUUUUAACUUUUCAGAAUGCAUUUGAUCGUGUGAUGCAUUGAUUUUACCUUAGGUUGGGGCGUCUAUUGGCCAUCCAGUAUACUGGAUUUGGUUCUGAUACCUCUUCAAGGAAUCAAGUGAUCGUGAGAUGCUAUUGGUUACUAUUCACAGCUGGAGGCUUGGGAGUUCCAUAAUAUGGGACUCUUAUAGAUCUACUUGUUUUGAUGAACCCUUCUCUCCAAGUAUUGCUGAUUGGAGCCGUUCAACCUUACUUGGGUUAUGUGUUGCUGAUUCCGUUGUUCAGCAGCUGUCUAGAAGAAAGCAACGGUGCCAUGCGGUGUUUGCCUGGCAUGGUUGGGUGGAUGGACAUGCCUUUCAAAGUUUCAGAAUGGUUUCUAAACUUGUUCUUAUAUGCAGGUGCUUUAGGCUUACCGCCAGCUUCUAGAUAGUUCAAAGUUUCAUCCAAAGUAUUGGUGGGGAAAGUGGUUAUGGCAACUAAGCAUUGUGAGUCUCAACAAAUUGUGCUGGAAGACAUGCAACAUAUAACUUUUAAAAGGAAUGCAAUGGAGGCUGUGUGCUCUGAACAGUCAACUCAAGAAUGCAUCCUUGCAGAGGAGUCAACAGAUUCUAUAAAAACUGCCGAAGUAUCAGAGAAAGGAUUUAUGCAAUACGGAUGUUCACAUUAUAGGAGAAGGUGCAGCAUUAGAGCUCCUUGUUGCAAUGAAAUGUUCGAUUGUCGCCUUUGUCAUAAUGAGGCAAAGAAUAGCAUCAAUAUUGAUCAAAAGCAAAGGCAUGACAUUCCCCGCCAUCUAGUGAGACAGGUGAUAUGUUCACUCUGUGGCACCGAACAAGAGGUUCGGCAAGUAUGUGGUAAUUGCGGUGUAUGUAUGGGGAAAUACUUCUGCGAGACUUGCAAGUUGUUUGAUGAUGAUACGUCUAAGAAACAGUAUCAUUGCAAUGGCUGCGGAAUUUGCAGAAUCGGAGGGCGUGAGAAUUUCUUCCACUGCUACAAGUGUGGUUGUUGCUACUCAAUUCUUUUGAAGAACAGCCACCCUUGUGUAGAAGGAGCUAUGCAUCAUGAUUGCCCUAUUUGCUUUGAGUACUUGUUUGAUUCAACAAAUGAUGUGACUGUUCUGCCAUGUGGACACACUAUCCACAAAAACUGCUUGAAGGAGAUGCAGGAUCAUCUUCAAUAUGCUUGCCCUCUGUGCUCCAAGUCUGUUUGUGAUAUGUCCAAGGUAUGGGAGAAAUUUGACAUGGAGAUUGCAGCUACGCCAAUCCCAGAACCUUAUCAAAAUAAAAUGGUUUGGAUCCUUUGCAACGACUGUGGGAAAACAUCAAAAGUGCAGUACCAUGUGGUGGCUCAGAAAUGCAUGAACUGUAAAUCCUACAACACUCGCCAAACAAGAGGCUGAUCAAGUGCAAUGGCUAGAGCCAUGACUGUUACAUGCGUACUCCAAUGUAUGCACAAGUAAUUGGGGGGGUUUUUUCCUCGACCUUUCCAGCCAGAACCUCUUGGUCAUCGGGAUCCUUCUUGAUCAUGCAUCUUGUUCCCGGCCAGGAGAUCUGUCAAGGUCCACCAUAUUCUGCCACCUGUUCUCCACCAGGAGAUCGAUCUGCCACGAUUUCCUGUUUCCUACCUUGUUUUUUUUGUCCACAUACCUUUUUUCCUUGUACCCUUUUUUGCUUGCACUCAUAGAGACUAGUCUCAUCUGUGGCGAUCAUGCAGACAGCAUGUGUAUGAUUCGUGUCCUUUCUGAGACUUGUGAUACAAUAUAGUAGUGUCUCUCUUGUACUUUCUGGGAAUUAUCACCCCAUGGUUAACACUGUAGGGGUGUGCAUGUGACCCGAGCAUCCGAUGGAUCCGAUUAAGCUGACCCGAACCGACUUUUAUCGGGUUAUUGCUUGAGUGGGUCUCCAACCCGACUAAAUAACGUGUUUGUUAAUUGGUGUCAACCUGUCCGACUAAAUAACUCAGUCCUCAAACAGAAGCAGCCCACUCAGUCUUCUUCGCUCACUCAGCCUCAAGCCCUUUGGUGAGUAGCUCCACAUCCUUCUGGCCAACAUGGACGCCAAUGGUAUGCAGAGAAUAAAUUCACAAAAAGGAAAACGCAACGAAAUAUAAAAUAGUAAAAAAAAAGUUUUGGGUUUGCUAUAAAAGAAAAGAGGAGGAAAACGAAAAAAAAAAAAGAAAACGCAAGAUUUGAACUAGAUCUGAGUCCCAAAUUGAGAGAGAAGCAAAAAACGAUGAACUUUUUUUAGUUUUCUAUGUAGAGAAGAGAAGAGAACUGCCAAGGACCUCUCUGAAAUGUACACAACCGGUAUGUUAUGGCCCAUGCGUAUGCAUUGGUUGUUUCAAAGCCUGGUCUUGGUGCUGCAAAGAUGACAUGAGGUUUUUUCUUGGAGACUUAUGGACAAGGAUGACGGUCGGUGAUACGGAAAUGAAAAGGCAAGCCUUGGUUAAUCUGUACGAGGUUGUGGUCGAAGACGGAAAUGGCUGGAAACUGAGGGUUUUUUCUUGGCAUGUUGUCUAAUGAAUGGCUGGAAACCAAGGGCUUGAUGUACAGAUUGAUGAAUGGCUGAAAAUGUUGGCCAAACCCACUUGUAUCAUCAUCAGCUCAAGAUCUCCUUCGACCCCAAGAGUCCAAGACUACUUCUCUCUCUUUAGAGAAAUAUAGAGAGAGUUGGGAUGUUGUCUGGAGGAAAAACGGAAGAGAAGAAAAAAAUAACAGUGGUUACCUACAUUUCUCUGCAUCGAAGACUGUUCUAGUGUUAAUACGGAAAUUGCGUGGGGAACUCAAUAAGCUUCUGAAUAAAAAAAAUCAAGGAACCAAGGUUUGACAUUUCUUUGGAGGGAAAAGGGGUGGUUGCUGCUGCGGUUGAAUUAUUGCACAGUCACAACGUACAAUCCUAAAAUUCGGAUAUUUUUCCAAAACUAAUAUCGUUAAAUCUGAGUCAUGUUAUUCUUCUAUUGAAACUACGAAGUGAAGGUUAGGGAUGAAUUUUGAGAAACUCCAAACACAACAUGUAGAUGAUGGGGAUGGUGAUGUUUCUAUUCCCUUUUUCUCUCUUUAUUUAUUUUUUCCUUCUUUUUUCUUAUGCAAGUGGCUCUUCCUUGCAAAUAUUUUUUGGGUCUAUUCUUGAAUUUGAGGAUGAUUGUAGAUUUGAGAUUCAGAUGAAGAGAUUUUGUAUAUCAACAUGCAGAAGCAUGGAUUUUUUUUUUUCCCUUUUCCAGGUUGUACGGGUUCGACCCGACUUUACGUUGUCCAGAUCGGAUCGGAUCGGUUUGGCACCUUAAAUGGUUACUUUCGGGUUGGGUCGGGUAGGACACAAACCCGGUUGCAUUAGGUCGGGUUGCAGGCCUAGUUAACAGCCUGACGAGAAGAUUUAGGGCUCGCAAGCAUACUGUAUAUAGUGAUAUUUAAAGAUACAACACCUCUUAUGGGUCAGAUCCCAAGGCAAUUCUGUUAGAAAGGGUAUUUCCUCCAGCACCUCUUGUUGUAACACCUUCGACUACCAUGCGGAGGAAUUUGUAUAAACAAAGAUCUUUGGUAUGAAAGUGAGACGUAAAGUCUCGAGAAGGAAAUA